AUGGACUUUUUAUUUUACAUGGUCUUAUUGUUUGAAAAACCCAAUCUUGUAGUUGGCAACAACUACAUGCCGGUCCCAAGCCUGGAUAAAUGGGGAGGGGUGAGGAAAGAAAUAGCAAACUACCUCACCAUUUUGCUGAAAUACCUUAUGGAUCAGUACAAUCAACUAAGUUCAGAUAUGGUGCUGGAAAUAGCGAAGGUCGGAUCAGGUGGAGACUUGCCUGCCGUCGGCAAAUUUGGUCUUGGUGAACGAAAUGAUGCAGGAGACCGCCUGAUCCAAUGUUGCACAGAAAAUCGUCUCUCGAUCAUGGACACCUGGUUUGAACAGCCGAAUCGAAGGCUGCACACUUGGACAGCACCAAACGGUAUACAUCGAAACCAAAUCGACUACAUCCUAUCGGACAUGAUAGAUAAGAUAUUAAAAAUAAAACUGGAAUUGAAAGUGAAGUUAAAAUGGUACCUUGCGAAGGAUGUAACCUAA